GAGCGCUCGUCGCCUCAGGCUGUCCUCUGCCUCAGCUCCCUCUUCCAGCCCCAGAAGUGUACUACAUGAAACUGCUACGUCGCGUUUGAUAUGUUCUCCGACGCACUAUCCUCCGACGUUCGUAUGAUAUCACGGCUGCGCAAAGCGCCCCACAGCGCGUAUACUCUUCGUGCACUCCAUCCCCCUUCCCGCGCGCAUGUUGACUCUGUUCUCGUCUGCCGGUAUUCUCUGAAGAUAUCUCCCUCCUUGGUUGCGAAACAAGAACGAUGAAGCUCUCCGUCGUCUUCGUCAUCGCUACGAUCGCUCUGGCCUCCGUUGUCGGUGCAGCCCCAUUCCCCGAGACAAAUGGACAGCGCCUAGCGCGCGGACUUCUGCCCCUCAGACCACGAUAUACUGCCGAUAGUGCUCAAGUGGAACGAGCCUUCCGCGCGCGCGCGCUGAAGCGCGGCGAGCCCUCGGCUCGAGCUCCUAAGUGCAACGAAUCUCUCACGUGCGCAUACCGCAAGCACAACGAACCGUCCGCGUGCGCGUACGCCGUCUAG